CUGCACGUGAUCUGGAGACGCCGCUCCGGGAUUGGCCGUACGGCGGUGACGUCAGACGCGACGUUGGCGGCGUUGGCGGGCGCACGAUUGAGACGGCGGCGGAGCGUUGGGUCCGGGGCGCUCACUCAUGAGGAGCCGGAAGCUCACAGGUGGAGUGCGAUCCUCAGCGCGCCUUCAGGCCCGAAGCCACUCUCCAGCCAGGUCGGCCUCUGCCGAGGGCAUUGCCAGCUCCACAUCUGUCAAGACAGCAUGUCUGGCUUCCUCGUCACACAAGACUACAGACAGACGUACUUCCAAAAAGUUCAAGUAUGACAAAGGUCACCUUGUAAAGGCAGAACUACAGAAAGCUGACCAUAAAAGUGACGUUUCUUCUUUGCCAAAAGUGGCCCCCGAGGCCUCUUGUGACAAUGAGUUUGCAGAGGCCAGCGCUAAGACGGCUGUCCCUGCACCGGAGAGUAGAGAGCCUCCCCAGGGCUGCUGCCAGCCUGUGAGUGAGGAACCCUCAGCAAAGACUGAAGGUGGCCUGCCCACACCAGAACCCGGCAGGGUGGCUGCAGCCCAGGAACCUGAUGGCAGUUCUGCCAGACAGGCCGAGCCAGUGCCCAGGACAGAGGAGGUGCAGGCACCUGUGCUCCAGAUGGACAGCAGCGUCUUUCUAGAUGAUGACAGCAACCAGCCCAUGCCUGUGAGUCGCUUCUUCGGGAAUGUUGAGCUUAUGCAGGAUCUGCCACCAGCCUCUUCAUCUUGUCCUUCCAUGAGCAGACGAGAGUUCAGAAAAAUGCAUUUCAGAGCCAAAGAGGACGAGGAUGAGGACGACGCCGAGAUGUAGUGUGGGUCUUCCCCUGUCGUGUUCAGCAGACGGCGCAGCGAGUCUGAGAAUCUAUGGAUGGCGUCUCCAAGAGAACACACUGUCAGUUGAACACAGAAUUGACACAAGGUCACCAGCGCCAACACCCGCCCCUACGGGAGGGUUCCUCUUGCGGGUAUCCAAUCCUGCAUGCACGUGGUACACUAAUGUGAACUCGGGCACACACACACACAUACAAAUGUCAAACUUCAGAGAGCCCAGUCCUGGCAGCCAGCGGUGACUUUACAUGUCCCGGGUACUUGAAAAGGACAGCCCUCAGAAACAUGGAAGACCACACAUUGUGAACAGUGUGCAUCCAUGACUGUAAGACAGGCAGCGGGUCCUCAGAAAGCUCCACCGCGCUGUCCUGAGGCACUGCUGCGCACGGCUGUGAAGAGGACAAUGGUUCCGUCACCGGCUGCUGUUAUUGUGCCCUUGGCCCCACCUUUCUCGAUACAUGCACACUUUUUAGACACGUCUAUUUUGGAAAAAUCUUUAUUUUAU